ACUCAAAAAUGCCUCUCGGAACAAAAAAGGUCUUCCUGUAAGUUUGUUGGUUCCUCUAAUUAACCUCAAUUGCUCAAUUCCCGCUAACAAACUCCUCCCAGUCCGAAUCUCACCCUUGCACUCGUCCGAACACCCCACCUCCCGCCAAACUACGCACAAUUCAUCGUUCCCCUAAACAUAAAUAAACUGGAUCUAAAAGACUACCUACUACACGUCUACAAUGUCGAGGUCCUCUCCGUAAGGUCCUUCGUCCAGCAACAAAAGAUCCAGCGGGCCAAGAACAAGGAUCUCAGCCGGGCGAAAAUCGAAUGGUAUCGGCCCCGAGCAAUCAAGAAGAUGACGGUGGAAUUAAAGGAGCCGUUUGUGUACCCACCCGAGCCCGAGGACUUAUCUCCGUGAGCCGCCUUAUCCGGCAUUGUUUUUUUUUUUCUUUUCCUCCUCGGAUAUCGCCUGUUGGCGGUAUACCGGUGUGCAGACGGCUAAUGAUGUUGGUGAUAUUAGAUGGGACCACCAACUCUACCAUGCCCUCGCAAAGCAGCGGGACAAAGAAGGGGAGAAUAACCCCCUCAGGCAACCGCAGAAGCCUGCAGCGUUGUUGAGGAAGAGGCUACGAGUGCAGGCGGAGGAAUUAUUCGCGAAGAACAGCGGGAUAGAAACCAUUGAAGUAGAAAAGGAGUUAUCAGUAUGAUAGCGCAUACCAAAGAAAUAAAUAUUCACAUACAUAUAUAUACACGCUCAAAUCGCGGGUGGGGAAGAGGAACAUCUACUGCGCUUACAAAUAUUACAAACCCAUACUUUCCGGAAUGGGGUUCUACCCAUUACCACAAGUUAUUGAGGCCCUUACGCUACAGGAACAUGAUACAGGUGUUGAUAUGUGAGCUGGUUAAAUAUCGCGCAAUCGGUACACUGUACUCGAGUACUGUACAUGUACGGGUAUGAUACAGGUACCAGAGAGCGCACCCGACGCCCAGGUUUUGCGGCACCGGUACGGUAAUGGUGCGGUA